GCAGGGAAUAGAGAGAGCCAUCUCAGAAGCGAAUGUCUGCUGCAAUGCGGGGAAAUAUAAGGAAGCGGAAGAUAUUUACAGCAAUUUGAUAGACGGGUUGCCGAAAGACAUGGUCGACUCUCUGCUUCCGGAUGAGUAUCCAGACCCAUACAUUUAGAAAUUACAUGGAAAAAGAGAGACGAAAGAAAAUAGAUCCAGGGGAUAUAGACUAGACAAUAGUCUAAAACCCUAUAAAAGAAGAAAGAAGAAGAAGAAGAAAUUACAUGGGAGGUACGAUGGAAAUUAUGGAUAAGGCUAAAGUGGCACUCGUCUAUAACAACCGUGGCCACACCAGAUACAAGCAGGUGCAGUUUGAAGAGGCCCUGGAUGACUAUUUUCAUGCCAUUUGUCUGAAUCCAAACUUUGCUGUGGCCUACUACAACAGGGGAACAAUCACAUAUCGACUCUGUGCUGCCAUGCCUGAAGAGAGUGGUGAAAGACAAGCCAUGUGUACCCGAGCUAAAGGUGACUUUUCUGAGGCAGCGAGACUUGACCCAGAGAAUCCUGAAUUCAGGGAAGCUCUCAAUAAUUGCCGUGAUAUACCUAGAGCUUUUUGGACAGGCUCUCCCUUUCCUGAGAAAUGAUAGUAAGGCAAGUAUAUUUUCCUAUGUGGAUGUGAUGUUAUUUCUGUGUAAGGAACUGUUUAUAGCUGAAGAAGACUAGCAAGCUAUGGUUUCUAUCUUCUAUGCACUAGACUAUAUCUUCAAAAGGUGUAACUUGGUAAGCAGGUGAUGGUAGUACUGGUAUUGUUUUUACCUUAGUUAUCAAUUUGUUGUGAUGUAUUUGUUUUUAUUGAAGCUGUCUCUGUAACAUUAUAGUUUGAUAAUAGGCAUGACUUGAAACUUGAUCUGUUAAAAUAAAUUAUAUAAAUCCAGUGCCUUUGCAUGAUCUGUAGUUCACAUCAUUGGCUAAUUUGGUUCUAGCUCCAAGUGAUGAGCCAUUCCUGUCAUGACAGACUGGGUUGUGGCUAUGGUGGACAGGUCAUUCAUGUCAUGCUAUGUAAUACAUGCAUUUCAUUUUUAUGCUGUUUGUUUUAUAAGAUAUUUGGGGCAUUGCCUGAGGGAGAAUGGGAUGUGUAAUGCUCUGACUGGCUAUCUUUUUGUAUGAAUGGGGUGAUAUUUAGAAUGUAAAUAAUAUGCCUGUUAUCCUUGUAACAGAUCCAAUUUGUUGGAAUGGUGUCUAAUGUAAAUAUUCCAGUUAAUACAGGUUCAAUCUAACAACUAAAAUGAGUAUAAUGCAUCUCUGAAUAUGCAGAAAACAAUAACGUCAGAUAUUGGAUACAAGUAUCACACAGUCAUCUACGCUAGUGCAGUGGCAUGAGUUCAGUGCACUGACAAAGUCUGAGACAGGCCCUGUAGGCAAGCACAAUUGGUUGAGCAUAAUCCCAAAAGAGGCCAAGCACUCCCCAAAUUUGCCCAGGGGCAUUGGUUAAUAUUUCUUGGUUUAUUGUUUGAGCAGAAGUCCUUAUACAACUUUCUUUUUAAAGACAUUGUUUUUAGAUUUAUCUUUUACAAGCCAUUUAUAGUACUUUAUAGUAUGAUCAGUGGUUGAAAUGUUUGGAUUUCCAGAGUAGAGGCACAUAAUGUCUUUUAGAAAUGUUUGAGACUUCAAGUUUUAAUAUUAGCAAGCUUUUGUUUUUUCCUCUUUUGCUGUAUAUUUCUUAGUAUUGAGUUCUUUAUUCUGUAAGAAGCACUUAUUGGCAUGGGGUUGAUGGAACUAAGCUACAUCAGUAAACUUAUGGAUUUAUCCACAGAAUGUUAUUUUUGCAACUUUUACUAUUUAUAUAUUUUUUUGUUUAUUUAUAGGCAGUAUUCUAGAUGUUCGUCUAUCUUUACAUGAUCUGAUUGUAAUAAUAUCUAGUAUUAACUAUUAAUUUCAAGAUCAGAGAAAGUGGAGAACAACAUAAGCCUUCUUUAGUAGAGCAAGAUGUUCCAACAUUAAACAAAUAAUCAACACAAUUCUUUUAGAGGGAUUUAGUAACAAACUAUGUCUUUUAAAGUGAAUUAAGUUAGAUUAACAUACUCAUAUAAAGCUGAAAAAAUAUAUUGUGCUCAUCUGUAUAUAGCUAAAAAGAAAUGUCCUGUCUUUAUUUCCAUGAAAAGCGAGAGUGAAAGAGUGAGUGAGUUUGAGUGAGAGUGAGAGUGAGAGUGAGAGUGUGAGUGAGUGAGAGUGUGAGUGAGUGUGAGAGUGUGAGUGAGUGUGAGAGUGAGAGUGAGAGUGUGAGUGAGAGUGAGUGUGAGUGAGAGUGAGAGUGAGAGUGAGAGUGUGAGUGUGAGUGAGAGUGAGUGUGUGAGUGAGAAUGAGAGUGAGUGUGAGUGAGUGUGUGAGUGUGUGAGUGAGUGUGUGAGUGAGAGUGAGUGUGUGAGUGAGAGUGAGUGUGUGAGUGAGAGUGAGUGUGU